AUCAUUAAUCAGAUCAUGGAGGAGUGUAUCCCUCAAGACCGCGCCCCUCGGGAUUUCUGCGUCAAGUUUCCUGAGGAGAUCCGGCAUGACAACUUGGCUGGCCAGUUGUGGUUCGGGGCUGAGUGCCUGGCAGCUGGCUCCAUCAUCAUGAAUCGUGAGCUCGAGAGCAUGGCUAUGCGGCCACUGGCCAAGGAACUGACGCGCAGCCUGGAGGAUGUGCGGGGCACUCUCCGUGACCAGGCACUACGAGACCUCAACACCUACACGGAAAAGAUGCGGGAAGCACUGAGGCAUUUUGAUGUUCUGUUUGCCGAGUUCGAGCUGAGCUAUGUCUCGGCCAUGGUGCCUGUGAAGUCCCCCCGAGAGUACUAUGUGCAGCAGGAGGUCAUCGUGCUAUUCUGCGAGACAGUGGAGAGAGCCUUGGAUUUCGGCUAUUUGACCCAGGACAUGAUCGACGACUACGAACCUGCCCUCAUGUUCACUAUUCCUCGGCUGGCCAUUGUGUGUGGCCUUGUGGUCUAUGCAGAUGGACCCCUGAACUUGGACCGAAAGGUGGAGGAUAUGUCCGAGCUGUUCCGGCCCUUUCACACGUUGCUGCGGAAAAUAAGGGAUCUGCUGCAGGCGCUGACUGAGGAAGAGCUGCACACACUGGAGCGGAGCCUCUGUGUUUCUCAGGAUGUGGAGCUCCCCAUCCGGGCAGAUGCCCAGGCACCCAGUGCCCUGGCACCAGCUUUUUCUGCCUCCCUUCCCCCUGAAGAGCCACUUUCAGCCAGUGCCAGCAACCCAGAGGCAGAGCUGGCCUGCUCCAUGCAGUAUGAUGAUCAGGAGCUGGAGGAGCUCAGCCGCAUGGUCCACAGAGCGGGAGAUGAGAUGUCAUCUCUGCUUUCACCGCCCAGUGCCUGCCAGUCCCCAGCACAUAGGCCAGGCCCAGAGGCCAGCCCCCGAGGGGAAGCCUCUCCAGCCAGAGCCCGGCUGAAAUCAGGCAGUGACGAGGAGGAAAGGGUAUUCUUCAUGGAUGAUGUGGAGGUGACAGAGUCUCCUGCCAGGUCGGAAUCCCCAGGGGGUACAUUUGAGUUGACAGGUGACGUGGAGGGCAAUGCUCAACAGAGAGGACAGGAUAGCCAGGGUGGAGAGGUGGGGGUGGGUGCACCUUCCUUGGUGAAGGAGGAAGACCGGAGCAACAACAACAUUGAGGACGACAAGAUAAAGCUGGCCAGCCUUGUGGGCUCCACUUCCUGCAGCUGCCUGGACUCCCAGCUGUCCCUGGACAGCUGGGAGGUGAGUGCAGAUGAUGCUGAGACCGCCGAGAUGAUCGCACAUCGGACCGGGGGCAUGAAACUCUCGGCUACAGUCAUCUUCAAUCCCAAGUCUCCCACCUCCUUGGACUCAGCCGUGGCAACUCAAGAAGCCACAGGCCACGGUAUUGCCCCAAUGGAGCCCAGGGCAGAGGGGACAGCAGACAAUUCACACAAACUCGGCACUGCAGCCACCAACUGCCUCCUCCACUCCUGUGUGUGCUGUGGGAGCUGUGGGGACAGCAGGGAGGAUGCGGUGGAGCGCCUGCAGGAGAAAUGUGGUCCAGGGAGCAUCAUUAGUGCCUCUAACCCUUCUGUAAGCUUAGCCAAGGCUGGGGACAAAGAGCCUGAGAGACUAGAUGAGGUCUGGCAUUCCCCCGAUGUCACCCUGCCUGCAGAAGAUGCCUCCAGUGGGCAGGAGCCCAAAGCCCCUGCUUCCAACAAGUGCCUGGCACACACCUCAGGGCCUCAGGUGGACACACCAAGCAGGUUGCAAGGAGAGGGUGAGGUCAAAGACCUGUCAGAGCCAGAGACCAGAAAUCAAGACCCUGAGAAGUCCUCUCCUGGUCACUUGGCAGCUCCCACAUCUCAUGACCAACCACACCCUGCUCCUUAUGCAGCUGCAUCCUCCAGCAACUCCACAGCUGGCUCCUGCUCGUUAGACAGCACCAAACUGGAGGUGGCCCCUGCGGUCAUGCCUCUCACCCCCAUGGCCACCAGAGAGAAGAUUCGGUCCAGGUUCCAUGGCAGCCAUGACCUGAUCCACCGCCUGUUUGUCUGCAUUUCAGGUGUGGCUGACCAGCUGCAGACGAACUAUGCCAGCGACCUGAGAAGCAUUCUCAAAACACUGUUUGAGGUCAUGGCCACCAAGCCUGAAACGGACGACAAGGAGAAGCUAAAGAAGGUAACCCAGACCCUACGGAGUGCAGCCUUGGAGGACUGUGCAUUAUGCCAGGAGACUGUGUCAUCCUCAGAACUGGCAACCAAGACUCGAGAUGGGGACUUUGAAGACCCUCCUGAGUGGGUGCCAGAUGAGGCCUGUGGCUUCUGCACCUCCUGCAAAGCGCCCUUCACCGUCAUCCGCAGGAAGCACCACUGCCGCAGCUGCGGGAAGAUCUUCUGUUCCCGCUGCUCGUCACACUCGGCACCACUUCCGCGCUAUGGACAAGUGAAGCCAGUCCGCGUGUGCACACACUGCUACAUGUUCCAUGUCACACCUUUCUACAGCGACAAGACGGGCAUGUGA